AUGGGCUCACUCAAUCCACCAUAUGGAUAUGCUAUUCGUCGUAAUGGCUCCUGUGUAACUGAGUCCGAAGUUACGUGUGGUCCAACCUGGGGUGGAUUUAAUGCGUGUUGUCCACAUGGCUCUGUUUGUCCUCAAGACCUUAGCAACGAUGUUUGUUGCCCGUCGACUCAGGACUGCACGGAUCGUAUCGCUCUCUCGCCGCAUUGUGCUAACGAUACCUGGACUCUGUUUUACCAUGACUAUUUUUGCUGUGCGAGCGGACAGACGGGGUUUUGGACCGAUAAUCCUAAAAAUGCUGUAGGUUGUACAACCGGGGCUCUGUCUGACUCCAAUUAUACACCUUUGACGCCAAUCACAUCCACUUCCGCUUUGACAUCAUCCACACAGACAGCAACUACCACUUCUACCGCCACUACCUCGUCAUUAUUUAACUCAAUUCCUCCGUCAGCGACUUCGACGUCUGCAUCUAAUUCGACUAAUUCGUCGUCCAAUAAUCAUACCGGAGCAAUAGCAGGUGGAGUUGUGGGUGGCGUCGCCGGAAUCGUGCUAAUACUCGGUGCGCUGUGGUAUUUCUUUAUUUAUCGCCGGAGGCAGACACAGCAGCAGCAGCAGCAGCAACAGCAACAGCAACCUCAACAGCUUGAGACUCAGCAACCGCCAUUGGCUCAUGAAUAUUUCGGGCCUCCAAAGACCCCACUAACUGAGCUUAGUGCUGGAGCUGAUGUGUCGCGGAUGAAACCUCAGCCAAUCUAUGAAUUACCACCGGCUGGCGAGCAUUAA